UCAGGCUUAGCAUCGAGAGCAGCCGCGUUAGGAGAGAUAAUGGAAGCAUCAAAGCUGGUAAAGAAGUUUCUGAAGGGACUUCCAAGAACGAAGUUCAUUCACAUCGUAGCUUCGUUAGAACAAGUGUUGGAUCUAAAUUCAACGGGAUUCGAAGACAUUGUUGGGAGAUUGAAGGCUUUCGAAGAACGCAUCAAAGAAGAAACCCAAGAUGAAGAUCAAUCGAAGCUAAUGUUUGUAAAGAAUGAUGCACAAGGUCGUGGAAGCCAUAGCAACUCGCGAGGAAGAGGCAGAGGUAGAGGUUAUGGUGGAAGAGGAAGAGGACAAGGAAGGUCUAAUGGUUCUGAUGGUCAUAACAAAGGAGGAGAAGCUUCAGACAAGACCAAGAAGGACUACUCUAAGGUUAGAUGUUGGCGAUGCGACAAGAUGGGGCACUUCGUGUCACAUUGUCCUACACGACCAAGAGAAGAAGCUAACCUAACGGAAACACAAAAACGGUGUAACUAG